AUGAGAACGGUCGCUAUACUUCCUUUACCAGCAAAAUUAAUCUUAUACCCGGAACUGAUUGGCGUAUUGAAAGAGGCAGCUGAGGAGGCCAGCGAUAUCGGAUUGAUAUUUAUAGGACAGCUGCCUUCGCAGCCCGAGCCCGAGCAGCGAUGCAAGGAAUUCCAGUCAUUUUUAAUUGAAGUAUAUAGCCUAUUAUUGGAGAGCAGACAAAAUAAAUGUAACUGGUGGGGUGGUAACAUUGACGUGUGGUUCGAUGCAUUCUGGCAGCCUGAUUGGAUCCACAAGGCGAGAAUGAGCGGUUGGGAUAUAAUUUUCUCCACUCCAUCUGUCUUUGAUUCUCUCAAAGGUGCAAACGUGGAUGACGUGCCUUAUAAGCGUGUUGUGGAUAGUUUAGGAGGUACACAAACAGUUGGCAGUGAGCGGGUACAUGUCGGUGUUCACCAGACUGUCGCCCUCGGGGGUACUUUCGACCAUCUACACGCGGGACACAAAGUAUUGUUAACGCUAGCUGUCUAUCUCAGCAUAAGGAGGGUAGUUGUUGGGGUUACAGGUGAGCAUUUCUUCUUCCGCGUCGUAUUCCUUGCUAAGAAGUCAGGACCGGCGCUGCUCACGCGCAAGAACAACGCAGAGAUAUUGGAAUCAAUACACACACGCAAGGCGACUGUGGAUGCAUUUGUCAGACGACUAGCACCACAAUUGGAAUGCGAUAUAUUCACACUCGAUGAUGUCUACGGACCGACGGCCACGGAUAGUGACAUCGACGGUAUCGUGGUGUCGACAGAGACGCUGUCAGGAUCUGAUGCGAUCAACGCCAAGAGGCAGGAGAACAAGAUCAAGGAACUGGAUGUGUUUGUCAUCGACUUGGUAGAUCAGAGCGCGGAAUUGAAGUUGAGUUCGACACAGAUACGUAAGGAGCUGUCAAAGGCUACUGCGGAUACUGAUUAA